CGCUGUUUACGUAUUUCUGCCUUUUGGUGGCUCACUCAACCUUUGACAUAAGCAGCGGGUACGCCACAUUUCCAUCUUUACUGUUUCUCUAAGUCGACAAGAUACGGUGACGCUGACGGUGAUUUUGCGCUGCAACGUCAUUCUCUGGUUCGUACGGUAUUACCACAUUCCCUAUUUUUGGUACCGAGAUGCCCGUCUAUCUCUGCCAGCCUGGUUUCAAGACCGAGGAUGCUUGGCGUCACGGAAUACAAGUCUUUGCAGCUCCUUUUCCUAUCAAUGAUGGAGGAACGAACUCCAGCACUGGUGGGGGUGGACGCGAUCUACUUGUUGCCAGUGUGGACGGUGCGACUACAACUACCGCAAAACAAUCGUCCAUCCAUCGGAGUCUUUCUCCAGGACAACCGAUACGGCGUGUGCGUCAUGCAGAAGUUGUUAUUGUGGACGAUAUCUGUGUUUCCUACAAUCGCUACUGGCUUCGGCUUCGUUGGCCUGGGUCAAAGGGUGGAUUUGCGGGGUACAUUGCGAUGGGUCUAGUUUCGGAUUUCGAUGUGUCGAAAGAAAAAAUCUCUCCGGGUAUCGACGAAGACACUAACUUUAUCAUGCGCAGUGCGGAAGCAUCGGAGGAUCGUACGGGUGCAGAAGAAACUGACGUUGACGAUCCCACACGAGAGGAACAACCCUCUGAACCGUUCGAGAAUGAAUGUGUCGUCAAGUGCAUUCGAACAGGCAUAGAGUACCAGACAUCGCCAGCAUUGAGGCUGAUGGCUAUCUACGACGACGGUAUCUCUCCUUCGGUUUCUCCUGCACCGUUUCCCACCGAGCCUGUCUUUUGUCGAAUCUGUCGGGAAGGACUGCACGACGACGCCGACGAAGAACAGCCAAAGUCCGCAGCAGAAGAUGCAGACGACACACGUAACUCCAGUUCCGGUACACUCGGAGACGAAGACGAUGUCGAACCAGUGGGGGUGGAUCCGACGGACGCUGUCCGAGAUGCUCCUGCCAACAAAGGGCCUGUGAUACCCCACCCACACUAUAGUGCAAACUCCCACGCUCUCGAAAACCCAUUACUUGCUCCAUGCGAGUGUUCUGGAUCAAUGGCCUUUGUACAUUAUCUUUGUGUUGAACAAUGGCGUUGCCGCUCGCGCCACCCCGAAGCAAAAAAUGGUCUAAAUUGUGAGACGUGUGGGACGUCGUACGCACUACCACCGCCAUCGGCACGUCCCGCCGCCCCGGCAAUGGAUCAAGAAGAUUGGCUUGAUGCUAUGCCCCCACAUGUAUUGCAAGCUUUACGCCAGCCGCACAUAUGCUGGCAAAUUGGAGCUGCUGUUGUUCGACGUCGAUAUCUUCGACCAAUAGCACCCGUUCUUAUGUCUCCACUUGUUGCAAUCUAUUGUCGAGCCCGUCGUUUACUGAAAAAGCGAGGUGUGGCUCGGCGUCGAUGGGCUUGCAGUCUCUGCCGUCGACGUGCACGAUGGAAGUGCGUUCGAUGCCUUCGUAGCUACUACUGCUCGCGGCAAUGCCAAAACGUGUCUUGGCACAUCGUUCACAAGCAUGUAUGCUACAAGCCUGUCCGAUUCUGGUGGUCUGUCGGCGUAUAUGGAGCGGCAAGCCUCGCUCUUUUCCCUGGAAUUCUUCGCGAUCCACUCAUGUAUGAUUUGGGUCUCGGGAUAAUACCUCUUUCAUUUGUGAUCCUUGCCAUGUUGGGCGGUGGAAUUGCAUCGUGUUCAAAGAGUUUUUUGGGUAUGGACAUGCGCGGUCGCUUUAUGGAAGCUGCUGUGGUUCUUGCUACUGCUUUCGUGAGCUUUGUGUCUUGGAAACUGAUUCAAGGAUUCUUCGGGAGCCCUGAGGUUUGUCAUGGUACUCUAGGGGCCUACAUUGUUUCCGACACAACUGUCAAUGAGACAUACUUGUUGCAGUUUCUCUACAGGGUUCUUCUUCAGCCUGCAGAAGCCUACUAUUUGUGGUGCGAUCGUAAAGCGCUCAACUCGGGCCUUUGGUUAAAAGCAGCACUUUCAAGAACUGACAAGCAUAACCAUGAAUGGUUGCUUCGAGCACUUGCCCAGCGCAAACGCAGAUUUUUUCUUCCAUGAAGAAGGGGGUGGUAAGUGUGCCGCCGAUUUGUUGCUGGUCAGCUGGCUAUACAUAGCCUCCGGGUGCGCUUUCGUUGGAAACCAUUUCUUGAAGCGACAUGAACGCGAACGAAGGGGUCAGAUUCGCCGCGCAGGUCGAAACGAGUUCCGGCCGCACCAAGAUUGAAGCUUUUUCGCUAGCGGAAGAUCCCAGAAAAUAAAACAUGUUUUUUUU